AUGGUGUGUAACAACACAACCUACGUGCAGAUCGUCCUCAACAGCACGGAGCUGAUGCUGGAGUUCAGCACGUACGCCUUCUUCGUGAACAACCUCAACCACAACUCUCCCAUGGCUAUGGCCAUCAACAAAUACGUCACGCCGGUCUGGGUUUUCAUCGGCGUCUUCGGCAACAUUGUCUCGGCUGUCAUCUGGGCCAGCCCACGGAUGCGAACCUGCAACACUGUGGCCUACUACCUGACAAGUCUAGCCAUAGCAGACCUCAUAUUUUUGUUUCUUCAUCUGAUAUACGAGCUGCAGAACCCCUGGUUGCUGGGAACAUUAGAUAUCCAAGGAUGGUGCCAGCUAUUUUCGAUGGUCCACAUCGCAGUUCAGUAUUUCUGUGUAUUUUUGGUGCUUGCCUUCACGGUGGAACGAUUUUUAUCGGUGUGCCACCCGUUUAAAUCUGAAAAGUUUAGUAAAACGAGAACUCCUCGAGUCAUCUUUGCCUUGUUUGUUUUAGCCAUUACUCUCAGUAUUCCUCAAGGAUAUUUCUGGAUUAUCAACAUCGUGGGCGAGUGCCAGCUUCGUCCUUCAGAGGCCCAAGGUGUGUCUGGUUCCUUCUUUUCUAUCUACACCUGGUGUACAGAACUGGCAGUGUUCAUGGCCCUGCCACUACUUGUGUUGAUUCUCAACGUUGUGGUCUGUCACAAAAUUAGGCGAGUGGGUACGUUAAAGAUAGGAAAAAGCAGCUCUCUGAGGAAAGAUGCAAGGACUCCGCUGACGGCGAACGAAGUAAAGUCAUCAGCGCUAACAGUAGAUGACGACUCGCCGUCGAGCAAACGUCUUAGUCGGACAAACGGGGGUUACAAUGCCAACAACAAGGGACCCACGGUGACCCUGUUAUGGGUGUCCUUCUAUCUGAUUGCUACAGUGCUGCCCAACACACUACUCUACGCCAUGCAGCCGUUUGUCUCGUACGGGACCAUGCCCUGCAGUAUCGACGAUAUGUCAGAUGAUCCAACCUGGAGUGCCUACUUUGUAUUCAUCGCCUUCAAACUUGUAGUCAAGGAGAUCAGUCUCUCUCACCACGUGGGCAACGUCUUCAUCUACAUGGCCACCAGCCGGCGCUUUCUGAGACUGUCCGUGCAGAACUUCUGCCCUCGGACACACCACUGUCGUGGGGAGUUGCGAGAUACUUCCCUGCAGACGAUGAGGAUCACACACAGCAGGUCCAUGGGGGUCGAUGUUUAG